AGAGAUCUCUCGUCUCCGUCUGUCCCGACCGUCCUACCCCCCAAUGCUCCUACAAACGCGCUCAUCCCUUGUUUUCCCCAAACCAGGAUUUCCCAUUGCCAAGGCCUGGGAGGCUGCAAGGAAGAGGAAGAUGCCCCGGGACACUGAGGCAGAGCAGGAGCUGAGCAUGGAGAGCAGGGAGGACAAAUGCCCGUGGCAGAACCUGGUGGAAGAGGCCGUUUUGAGCGGCUCCACGGCGCAGGAAGGCAACGGGGAGGAAAAGCCCUGGAGAUGCCGCACGAGGAGGGGCUGCAAACGCAGCUGGCGGGGAUCUGAGGGGGAAAGAGCCAGCCUGGGCCGGGAAGGCGACCAGAGAUGGAGCCAGAGCUCGGAGCUGGUGCUCCAUGAUGGGGAGAAGCCCCACACGUGCGUGGAGUGUGGGAAGAGCUUCAGGCGGAGCUCCCACCUGAUCAGGCACCAGAGGACCCACACUGGGGAGAGGCCCUACGAGUGUUCCAAGUGUGGGAAGAGGUUUCAGACCAGCUCCAUUCUCCUCCAGCACUAUCGGAUUCACAGGGAGGAGAGGCCCUUCCAAUGCCCCAGCUGCGGGAAGGGAUUCAAGGACAACUCCACUCUUGUCACCCACCAGCGCAUCCACACUGGGGAGAGGCCCUACGAGUGUGAUAAAUGCAGGAAUAGGUUUCAGACCUGCUCCUGUCUCCUCCGGCACUAUCGGAUUCACACAGAGGAGAGGCCCUUCCGCUGCCCCGACUGCGGGAAGGGAUUCAAGCGCAACUCCACCCUCAUCAUCCACCAACGCAUCCACACUGGGGAGAGGCCCUAUGAGUGUCCCCAGUGUGGGAAGAGCUUCUCACAGAGCUCUAACUUGACCCAACACCAACGGAGGCGCCACUAAGGGAAGCCCUGCGAGUGCUCCGAGUGCGGGCAGAGCUUUGUGCACUGCUCCAGCUCCAUCCCCCACUGGAGGAGGCACUUUGGGCACAGCCCUGGUCACUCACGUUCUCUGUGAUCCAUGUUGAGAACACACCUGGCUGCUUCACCGUUUGGUUUGGCGUUAAUUUUCCUCUGCUUCACCUUCAUCCUUUAAAAACACCCAAAACUGGGUUAAAUGAAGGAAAUUGUUUGAAUAUAUCUGAAGUUCCAUAAUUUCUCACUUGUUUUAGACGGAAUUUAGGAUUUGGGGAUGCGUUCUGUGUGGAGUGCUGCUGUUGCUAAGAGGAAGGAUUUUGAUCUUGCCCUUCUUUUGUUGCUAAGAACUCCUUCCCUGACCCCACCCCAAUUCCACCCUUGGGAUACCCUGUAAAUAUUCCACGGCCCUGCCUUUCACCUGACUUUCAGGGUUAAGAAAUGGAUUCCCAAAGGAUCAGCCCUAUUCCCUCUGUAUUCCAACAGGAUGAACCUGUUUCACUGGAUUCCCAGAGGAUACUGACUCUAUCACUUGUUUUUUUUUGUUUGUAGUACUGCAUUUGUAUUUUUAAUUCUACCUAAUAAAGAA